AUGAGAGAGUUCUUUGGCCAGGGCUGGAUGAGGGCUGAGAAGUAUGAAAGGACACCUUACAUUAUGAAAACCACCAGACACUUCAACCAUGUCAGUAACUUCAUUGCUUCAGAAAUUAUCCGAUACGAGGACAUCAGCGCAAGGGCAAGCGCCAUCGAGAAGUGGGUGGCUGUGGCCGACAUAUGUCGCUGCCUGCACAACUACAAUGCUGUGCUGGAGAUCACCUCCUCCAUCAACCGCAGCGCCAUCUUCCGUCUCAAAAAGACAUGGCUCAAAGUUUCUAAGCAGACGAAAUCUUUGCUUGACAAGCUCCAAAAGCUUGUGUCAUCGGAUGGCAGAUUUAAGAACCUCAGAGAGGCUUUGAGAAAUUGCGAUCCACCCUGUGUCCCUUACCUGGGGAUGUAUCUCACCGACUUGGUGUUCAUCGAGGAGGGGACACCCAAUUACACAGAGGACGGCCUGGUCAACUUCUCCAAGAUGAGAAUGAUCUCCCAUAUUAUCCGUGAGAUUCGCCAGUUUCAGCAGACUACCUACAAAAUCGAGCCCCAGCCAAAGGUAAUUCAGUACUUACUGGAUGAAUCUUUCAUGUUGGACGAAGAAAGCCUGUAUGAGUCUUCGCUCCUAAUUGAACCAAAACUCCCCACAUGAGGCUGUUCUCCCCACCCACUGGCGCCGCAGCNUAACACAAGCUGCCCCCCAGCUGCUUCUGUGAACACCUGCUUUACGAUUAUUGUAUAUAAUCGUCGCGUGCCUCUGUACUUGUUCUCCAGCGUGUGCUUCCCCGAGAAUAUAUUAUCUCUUCUUGUCCCGUAAAACCGAAAUACAAAUGUCUGCACUCAAAAUAUAGAUGUCUGCACUCUCAGA